GCCAGAUCUAAUNCUCAGUAUCUUCCUGACGGCGGCGCUGGGUCUCCCCGAGGCUCUGAUCCCAGUCCAGCUGCUGUGGGUGAACCUGGUGACUGACGGUCUGCCCGCCACUGCCCUGGGCUUCAACCCCCCCGACCUGGACAUCAUGGGCAAAAGACCCCGCUCCCCCAAAGAGCCACUCAUCUCCGGCUGGCUGUUCUUCAGAUAUAUGGCUAUCGGAGGUUACGUUGGAGCAGCAACAGUGGCUGCCGCUGCCUGGUGGUUCCUGUACUGCGACGAAGGCCCCGGAGUGAGCUUCUACCAGCUGUCCCACUUCAUGCAGUGCAGCGAUGACAACGAGGACUUUGAAGGGAUCCACUGCCAGGUGUUUGAGGCCGCCCCCCCCAUGACCAUGGCUCUGUCCGUGCUGGUGACCAUCGAGAUGUGCAACGCUCUCAACAGCCUGUCAGAGAACCAGUCUCUGGUGCGCAUGCCUCCCUGGAGCAACCUGUGGCUGGUGGGCGCCAUGUCGCUCUCAAUGUCCCUCCACUUCAUGAUCAUCUACGUCGACCCCCUGCCCAUGAUCUUCAAGCUCACCCACUUGAACGUGGAGCAGUGGCUGAUGGUCCUGAAGCUCUCCUUCCCCGUCAUCCUCAUCGACGAGGUGCUCAAGUUUGUGGCUCGCACAUAUCUGGAGGUCUCCCCUUUAUCACUAGCAGGGAAAAUCUAGAGUCAGGACGGAGAGAGAGAGAGGCAGAGCGCUCUCACCGAGGAGAGCCCACUGUCACAUGACCUGAUCAAAAACAUCUAGUGGCAUGAAAACUAAAUAAAAACACAAAGCCAUCUGAAAAUACACCAAAAGAAAGCUACAAAAUAUUUUUUCUGUGUAUGUACUGAAGUUAAUAUAUAGGUGAGAGUUAAAAAACUAUUCUGUGUUGAUUCUAUUCUUAAAGAAUAAAGAUAUGUAUUAAAGAAAA